CUCCAACCGUGUCUCAGUCCAGGAAUUGCCCAUAGUCAUGUUGUUUGGCUCAGCUGACAGCAGGAGCACAGUUUGUUUCACUGGGCAGUAACAAAGAUCUUGGAGUUCCUGGUGGUCAGUGUGCAAGAAGCCCUGAAGAAACAGCAGUGCAUCUCCUCUUAACCAACUGUCAGUGGAAGGCAAAUUACUGUGGACCAGUAGAAGGAAAGAGUCAGCCCUGCGACAGUGAACUCAAAGCCUUUUUGAAGUAUUAGCAGCUCUGCCUGAGACAGACACAUGGCUGUGGUGCUCUGAACACAUUUCUGCCAAGGGGUCACAAGAGCCUGUUCUUUCAUAUGGAUGCAGGAGACUGAAGUCACAGCAGCAGGGAUCUGCCUUGGAGCUGGGGAGAGAAAUCCCACUGCCCAUAAUGCGUUGAGCACAGAAUGUGAGGUAAAAGGCUGCUACUGCAACACUCUUGCUCCAAGCAGCUUAUGCUAACCAGCUUUCACAGAGAACAUAAUCCUUACACAAACACCUUAACUGAUGAAGGAAGAAGGUCCAGUGCGACGUAGGUUUUCUUCAUGUGCUGGGAUUUCAUCUGUGUUUUCUCCAAGAGCUGAUGGCCGAAAGCUUGUCCGGAAUGCUUCAUUUGGUGGAUAUAACGGGCUCUCUCCUGCUUUACCAGGCUUUGACAAAGGGAAGGAUGAUGCGUCACAAAAAGACGAUGCAGCAUAUUCUAUGUCAAAAAGCAAGUCUGAAUCCAAGCUUUUCAAUGGCUCUGAGAAGGACAUCUCUCAAUCUUCAAGCAAACUUACAAAAAAAGAAUCUCUCAAGGUUCAAAAGAAAAACUACAGAGAAGAAAAGAAGAGAGCCACGAAAGAAUUACUUAGCACAAUCACAGACCCCUCAGUUAUUGUUAUGGCUGACUGGUUGAAGAUUCGUGGUACCUUGAAAAGCUGGACCAAACUGUGGUGUGUACUGAAACCAGGAGUGUUGCUUCUUUACAAAACUCCCAAAAAUGACCAGUGGGUAGGAACAGUGCUGCUGAAUGUUUGCGAACUCAUCGAGAGGCCUUCUAAAAAAGAUGGCUUUUGUUUCAAACUUUUUCAUCCUUUGGAGCAAACGAUAUGGGCUACAAAGGGUCCUAAAGGUGAAGCAGUUGGUGCUAUAACUCUGCCAUUGCCCAGCAGUUACUUGAUAAUCCGAGCUGCUUCAGAAUCAGAUGGCAGGUGUUGGAUGGAUGCUUUGGAGCUGGCACUGAAAUGUUCAAGUCUACUUAAACGUACAAUGAUUAGGGAAGGCAAAGAACAUGAUUUGAACUCCUCAGCUGACAGUACUCAUGUCUCUUUCUAUGGUCUGCUCCGUGCUAACAACUUGCACAGUGGAGAAAACUUACCGUUAAAUGACAGUGAAAUUGAAAGGCAUCACUUCAAAGAUCAAGAUACAUACUCUGACAAGUCUGAUAAGGAAAAUGACCAUGACCACGAAGAAUCUGAUAAUGAUGGACUGGGGAAAAGUGAAGAAAGCGACAGUGACACAUCGGAGCGACAGGAUGAUUCUUAUGUCGAUCCAGAACCAAUUGAUAUCAAGGAAACUACUUACUUAGAACAGAGUCAUGAAGAACUUGGGGAGGCAGGUGAGGCUGCUCAGACAGAAGAAGUGUCAGAAGAAAAUAAAAGUUUGAUCUGGACACUACUGAAGCAAGUCCGGCCAGGAAUGGACUUGUCCAAGGUUGUACUGCCUACGUUUAUUUUGGAACCUCGCUCUUUCCUGGACAAGCUCUCUGAUUACUACUACCAUGCAGACUUUCUGUCUGAAGCUGCUCUUGAAGAGAAUGCUUAUAACCGCAUGAAAAAAGUAGUGAAAUGGUAUUUGUCAGGAUUCUACAAAAAGCCAAAGGGACUAAAAAAGCCGUACAAUCCUAUACUUGGAGAGUUUUUCCGCUGCAUGUGGAUUCAUCCAAGGACAAACAGCAAGACUUUUUAUAUUGCAGAACAGGUGUCACAUCAUCCACCAAUAUCUGCCUUCUAUGUUAGCAACCGCAAGGACGGUUUUUGCCUUAGUGGUAGCAUUCUGGCCAAAUCAAAAUUCUAUGGGAAUUCAUUAUCUGCCAUACUCGAUGGAGAAGGACGACUAACGUUUCUAAACAGGGGAGAAGAUUAUGUAAUGACAAUGCCAUAUGCCCAUUGUAAAGGAAUUCUAUAUGGAACAAUGACCUUAGAGCUUGGAGGAAUAGUCAACAUCACCUGUGAGAAAACUGGCUACAGUGCAACAAUUGAAUUCAAACUCAAGCCUUUUUUGGGUAACAACGACAGUGUUAACCAAAUAUCAGGGAGAAUUAAGCUUGGCAAAGAAGUUCUGGCUUUUUUAGAGGGUCACUGGGACAGUGAAGUUAUUAUUAGUGACAAGAAGACAGGUGUUUCAGAGACCUUCUGGAACCCAACAUCUGAUAUAAAGCAGCGUAGAUUACAUAGAUACACUGUGAAGCUUGAAGAGCAAGAUGACUUUGAGUCAGAGAAGCUUUGGCAACAAGUGACAAAAGCAAUAAAUAAUAAAGACCAAACAGAAGCUACUCAGGAGAAAUAUAUUCUGGAAGAAGCUCAGAGAAAGAGUGCCAAAGAGAGGAAACUUAAGGAUGAAGAGUGGACAUGCAAGCUGUUUGAUCAGGAUUCAGUCACAGGAGAAUGGCACUAUAAAUAUGCCGAUACUAGACCAUGGGACCCAUUGAAUGAUAUGAUCCAGUUUGAAAAAGAUGGCACAAUCCAGACAAAAGUUCGACAUCGGACACCAAUGGUUACUGUUCCAAAAAUCAAACUAAAGCCAUCCAGUCUGAAGAAGGGAGAGUGUGGUUUCUCAUCCCCGGAGCCUGAUAAUCAGGAUUCCUCUGGGAGUGAAGCACAACUUAUGAAGCAUAAUACAAGAGCAAGGAAAAAAGGGGCAGACCUUGGUGAACUGCAGAGUGCCAUUGAGUCUAUAAAGGAAACACAGGAAGACAUUAAGAGGGAGAUCAUGGCACUACGAAAUAGAGUCACUUAUAAUUCAUCACCCUGGGACUACCAUUCCUUGCAGUUUAAGCACUAUGUCUUCAUUGUACUCAUGGUUCUGCUACAGCUUAUCAUUAAUGUCUUGUUGAAAUAAGAAGUGUGAACAAGGGCCUUCUUGAACUGGAAUGAUCAAACUGUUACUGGGGACCAUAUUUUAAGCUGGACUUUAAAUGAUGCAAUAUUAUGUACAAGAACUGUGUAGCAACAACUUAGAGAACUUUGCCUCAGCAUUCAUGAUUCAGAAUCAUACUUGUGUCUACCCAGUUGCAGUAAGAAUUGUGUAAGUGCCAGUACACUCUUGCUCCUGGUGUGUGCCUCCGUCUCACAGUCAUAUGACAUCAACCUUGUGCUUAUAUUGUGUCAUACUGAUGAAUCUUCACCACAAAAUAGAUCAAGUUAAACACUGAGGUCAGACCCCGUAGGUAGGAUGCAAUUCCUAUUAUGGUAGAAUGAUAAACAGGCAUACUUCAUUACAUAUAAACUUAUCAUUUUUGUAACAAAAACUUUUGAAGUAGCCAACAGCUUUUGUAAAUGGCAUUGAGCGUUUGGAAGUAAACUUUUGUUUAAGGUCAAACAAAUACAUUAUUAUAUGAAAAACUGUGUGUGUUAGGAAAUGGCAAGUAAGAAGCUAAAGUCUUUGGGAAAUCUGCAACAUAAUGUCCUUGAUUGGUUUUGGAAGUAUGAGGUUUUUAUCUGAAUUACUGUAGGCUUGUAAGCCAGUAGUUUUAUAGUUUUAAAACUUUAGAUUCAUCUUAAAAACAUUCCCACAUCUACUGUACAGAGCACAUUUUUAACAGUACAGCAGCAAGGGAGGUACUGUUUUGGUCUACUCGCUCAUUAUUUGCAAAUGUCAAGGAUUUCUGUUAUGUUUGUAAGUCUUGAAAAAUCUACAGCUUUGGAUUUACAUUUGUGUAUGUCAUGUCAUGGUAAGCAGACAGACUACUGAUUCCAGGACUCAUUUUUGAAACAAAAUGUCAAGGGGUGUGCUUAGUGUGUAGCUUGAGCUGAAUCUCCAAAAGGCAGUGUAGAAUAGGAUUCAGGCACUGUCAUGAGUAGACUUGCAAAUGAAAAUGUGUGUGUUUACACAGGUAAAGCUCAGAAAUUGUGUGAUGGCUAACACCACAUAUCUCAAAAUAAGUAAGAGGAAAAUCCAAGUGUUUGAAAUCCCUCUGAACUGCAAGUAUAUACUACCUACCAGAAUACAUGGAUGCACCUUCUUAGUAUGCUGUAGCCAUACAAAUUCAUGCAAAGCUUAAGUUUAAAUUCAAAACCAGAGUUUCUGACAUUUUUUAUUUGAAGAAAUAUAUGCAUGUAUAGAUUUUGGAAAAAUCCAGCAAAAAAUGUAGUGCUGGUAUUUAUCUGGUGAGUUCCCUGUGCCAGUCAAGCAUGCCAAGGUAAAAAGGGGCUGUAGAAAUGAAAAAGUAUUUUCAGUACCCCAGGUGAGACAACAGGAGGAUGAGUGGCACCAUGCAAAAGACAGCCAAAUUUGUUUUCAGAGGAUCCUCUCAGGAAUCAAAUCCAUCCUGGGCAGUGGAACAGUUUGAAAGUCAUGUUUGGCUUUUUGCCAUGGCCAGGUUAUGCCUCUGCCUUGGGCAGCCUGCCUGACUCUCCAGGUGAUCUGCCUUUCUGUUCUGCAUCAGUCUCACUAGUAUUUAGUAAAGAUACUGUUUACUCGUUUAUCUGUCCAGCUUAUAUAUUUCCGUGGCUGACACUUUCACGCACUUCCCCUUCUCUUUUACCUUUCCUCUUCUGUGGGCCUCAGCUGUGUAUAAGUCUAUUGUGUAAGCAGUGAACGUCAGCAUAUUUUGUACAGCUUCACAUUAGCAUGGUUUGGUCUUGAAUAAUUUUUCUGGAAUGUGUUACAUUAACCAGAUCUUGUAGCCAUGGGCGAGACCAAAUCUGGUUGGACUUCUUUUAAAUCUACAGCUGAUGAGGUAAAAUUUGUGAACAUAGAAAGUCCCUUCAUAAACAAACAAAAUAAUUACAAAUGCCUCAGUCUCUAAAUGGAAACUGAAGUUGUUACCCAUUUACGAAAUGGCAUUAAGAAAGCGGAAUAUUAUGGCAUUCACUUUAACAUUCUUAGCCUGGAAUUUGUCUGUUCAUUAUUGCAUUCAGAUGUCAAAGCUUCACCUGUCUUAAGAUCCAUUACAAGCCUUUAAACAUACUCUGAAUGUGAGAAUAAUCCAAUAAGUGAGAUUUGGGCAAUAACUUCAAUCCCCUAAAAUAAUACUCUGCUAAAUUUGUGGUGCUGAAACUCUUGAGUGAUAGUUUCAAGCUUUUAUCUUCCUUGUAAAUAGAAAUGUCCUUCUGCCUUUUUAUGCUGAUUUUUUCAAUCACUUCUAUUCAAGACCAGUGAAUAACACAGCCUGCAUGCAUUUUUACAUGGACCACAUGGUAGUGACAGGAUUCGACCCAGCCAGCUGGCUGGCUGGCAGCUUGGUGUUAAGCAAUGUCAGACUAAAAAGAUAUUCCAUAGCUGAAGUUCAUGCUUAGCUCAAGAUGAGUGAGACUUGAACAGAGCAAAACAAAAUCCUUAUGCUUAUUUUCAUUUUCAGCUUAUUUUUUAGAGUUGAAUUCUGUUGAAGAAGUGGUUUUUAGUGAUGAUCUGGAAAGGCAAAGGCUAUGUGAUGAAACUUCUGAAAAGUAAAACUGCAGACUUCUGUGAGACUUUAUGAUUAGAUAAAUUCUGAAAAGUACAGUGAAAACCUAGUAAUUCUUAUUUUGCUGGAUUUUGUAUGUUCCCUUAUUUGAAUAGAGCAAAGAAACUUCUUCCCUAAUUUUUACUGUACAAUUGGUCACAGACAUGUAUGGAUCCUUUUCUUUAGUGUGUUACCAUUGUCCUCUUUAGCCACGAUGCAUAGAUCUUGACUACUACCUGCUUAAGACUGAGCUCUGCACAUAUAUAAAAACUGAUUGUACAGUUUUCAGAUGCUUGAUGUUUGAGGGCUGUGGCCUUCUAGUUUUUAAAGUUUAUAACAGCACUUGUUUUCACAUUUGAUUUCCAAAUCCUGUUUUGUUUGGGUUUUUUUUCCUUGUACAGGAAAUAUCUGCAGAAUUUGCCAUGUAGUUUUGUUGGGUUGGUUUGUUUGUUUUCAGAUGCACUCUAUGCCUUUAAUUUGCCAUUUAGGUACAGGUUGCCUAAUUGGGUACAGAUAAUCUAAGCUAAGAAAAAGUAAAUAUGCCAUGUGAAAUGCAACAAGUAUCAUUUUCAGUAGAUGAUGUUUCUUGAAUUUCAUGUGUUGAUUCCUUUUAAAUAAUUGAUAUUAUUUGAUGAGGGUGUGUAGUCCAGUUUUCAUGUCCUUCUUCCCACUUGUGAAAUCUCACAAAUUAUUUGCAAGGUUGGCUUGUAAAAUGUAAUGGUUGUGGUUUCUUCUUUUUUUGUUUGUUGUUUGCUGCCCUUCUGUGCCUUUGGCAAUUUUUUUUUCUUCCUAGAUUCAUGUUUAUGAAAACUACUUAUAAUUCAAUGUACCUUAAAGGCUUUUAUUUUUAGCUAUUACCAUUGUUUGUGUAAAUAAUGUGUAACAAAAAUUCUGUACAUCUCUAAGUUUUAAUUAUCUUUAUUUCAGGAGUACCCACAAAUCACAGAAAAUUUAGCAUUGUAAACAGUGCCUUCUUGAUGGGUUUCUAUGCUGUUCAGAGACAUGUAAAGAUUUGUCAAAUUUGUGCCAUAUAUAGUAUCAGAUCUUUUGUGAGGGCUGUUAAGAACUGAUGUUCCUGCUUAGUCAGUCUCUGGGGAAAAAAAAAAAUCAGUUCUUAAAACAUUACACUAUUUCUUCUUUCUGGCUGGUGAGCCGAAAGUGGAGGAUUUGGAAUGUUUACAGUGAAGCUGCACUACUUUGUGGUAAUACAGAAAUAGCUUCAACGAUGUAACUUCGGGCUGAGAUUCUUUGGGCUUUUUCUCCUUAACUUUUUCUUCUUUAUGCCCUACCCCGGCCUUUCGCUCUGCCAAGCGGGAAAAUUAGUCCUCAGGACACAGCGCCCGCUUCUCCGUCCCGCGUGUCCCGCCCUGUCCGACUCCCGAGAUCACCGCUUUGUGUGAGGGAUCUGAACUCUUAGGGCCCGCCUCCAAUAAAGAUGUGUCGCAUCUC